UGGCCACCAGGUGGCGGAAUCAUGAAAUAGUAGUCUGUAGCCAUGCCCCUAACGACAGUGACCAAUCGCAGGGAUGUUAAAAUAUGAUUGACACGGUAGGUAACCAAUGGACUAAUUUGUACGUCACUCUCCCUAAGGGAGUGAAAGAACAGCAUCAAGUUCGGGUGCAAGACAGUUACUCAAUGAACGAAGCCCAGCUGGAGGAGACUAACGUUAUACUAGUCUUCAAAUGUACCAACGACGGUUCUUGUGCACGGCUGGGGAGGGUUGACAUUGCUAGUGGUAAAUGACGAUGCGACAUUGUAUUGGACGCUCUGACUUAAUUGGGCUCACAUUAACAUAGCUAGCGGCUUGCUCCACCUGGAUACGGUCUCCCGGAGGACUACGGUGAGACACAACACAGCAGAAGUCAGCGAGUGGUCUGUAGCCUUGGCUUGUAUCAUUGCAUCCAUCCACGAAAGUGACGCGACCAAAUAGACCCGAGCCACUGAAAGGCGCAGGUGCCAUGACGGGGUUGGGGGCAGAGGAUGACAUCCCACUGGGCGAGAGGAAGACGGUCACAGACUUCUGCUAUCUGCUGGACAAGUCAAAGCAGCUCUUCAACGGCCUCCGAGAUCUGCCCCAGUAUGGCCACAAGCAGUGGCAGUCCUACUUCGGCCGCACGUUUGACGUCUACACCAAGCUGUGGAAGUUCCAGCAGCAGCACAGACAGGUGCUGGACAAUCGGUAUGGCCUUAAGCGGUGGCAGAUCGGGGAGGUGGCCUCCAAAAUUGGCCAGCUGUACUACCACUAUUACCUCCGCACGUCGGAAACGAGCUACUUGAACGAGGCCUUCUCCUUCUACUCGGCCAUCCGGCAGCGCUCCUACUACUACCAAGUCAGCAAGGAGGAGAGGCCUGAGCUGGUGGUGAAGAAGCUGAGGUACUAUGCCCGCUACAUUGUGGUGUGUUUGCUCCUGAACAAGAUGGACCUGGUCAAAGUUUUAGUGAAGGAGCUGUCUGAGGAGAUUGAAGACUACACCCAGCGGUUUAACACUGAGGACCAGCUGGAGUGGAACCUGGUGCUGCAGGAGGUGGCUGCCUUUGUGGAGGCCGACCCGGUGAUCGUGCUGAACGAUGACAACGCUGUAGUGAUUACGUCCAAUCGGCUGCAAGAGGGGGGCGUGCCCCCGCUGGAACAGGGCAUGGUGGUUGGUCAGCUCACCCUGGCCGACGCCCUCAUCAUUGGCAACUGCACCUCUCAGGAUAACAUGGAAGUGAAGGUGAAGUUCAGUGAGCUGACCAUCGACAUGUUCCGCAUGCUGCAAGCCCUGGAGCGCGAGCCAGUCAACCUGGCCACGCAGACCAGCAAACCAGGAACACUGGAGCCCAAUGAGAAGCCAGCCAAGAGGGAGAACCCCCACAAGUACCUGCUCUACAAGCCCACCUUCAGUCAGCUCUACACCUUCCUCUCGGCCUCCUUUAAGGAGCUGCCAGCCAAUAGUGUGCUUCUGGUCUAUCUCUCCGCCUCUGGAGUCUUCCCCACUGCACGCAAUGAUUAUGAAGGCCCUUAUGAUGUCGGUGGUGUGCUGACCAACACCAACCGUGAUGUGGUGAAUGGAGAGACCAUCCAGAAGAGGAACCAGGCACAGAAAGAGAUGCACUGCCUCCAUCCUGGUGAUCUGUACCCCUUCACGAGGAAGCCCCUGUUUGUUAUAGUGGACUCGUCCAACAGCACGGCCUAUAAGAAUUUCACAAAUCUUUUUGGACAGCCAAUUGUCUGCCUGCUCUCCCCUACAGUCUACCCCAAGAGCAUGCAAGACCAGUCUCAGCGAGGCAGCCUCUUCACCCUCUUCCUGUAUAACCCCCUGAUGGGUUUCCUGUCGGUGUGCGGGCUUAGCAGCAUGCGCCAGGGAUUGUGGGAGAAGGCCCAGGAGUUCCUCCGCAAGGUGUUCCGCGACAUCGGCCAGCUGAUCACGCGCUCACGGGUCAUAGACCAAGCCUUCUUGCAGUUCUAUGGGGAUGAGUUCCUGCGGUUGCUGAUGAUUCGGUUUGUGUUCUGCUCAGCGACCCUCCGACUGCACAAGCUCUUCCGGGAGUCUAGGAGCUUUCCGGAAUCUUACCCCCAGCUUCCGAAACCAGACACAGUGGAAAACACCGCUCUUCAGAAACACGUGCACCAACUAGCUGCCAUGUUGGACGUACAGAACCUGUUCUGUGACGGCACGCUGGAUAAUUAUUGACCACAUCUGCAGUAGAACACACACACACACACACAUACACACACUCACACACACACACGAUACACACAAACCAACAUACACAUACUUUACAAACAAAAACGCAAACAUUUAUGUUCAGAUCUUUGCAUAGUUCUUCUGAAUGAACUUUGCAGUUUUAUCUAAUCUUCUUAUCUAGUGCUAGGUUAUUCUUUGCCAAAUGUUUUCCUGUGGAAAUGUUCGACCUUACGAUCCACUUUUUAGUUAACAUCUCAAGACAUUUCUUGAAGCAGUGAUAAUGGAAAACAAUAUGGCUGACAGCAGCUCUCUAAACCAUAGCUGUAAAGAUAUGCAGAACAGACCAAUUGAGAACAGGGUAGAGAAACAAAUCAUCACUAGAAUGGAGGGAACAUUCUGGAAAGACACCACUGCCUGUUUUAAAUUCAGCUAAAUUCACCUCCUCCAGUAGUCUUCAGACUCUAUAUGUUCGCAAAGUUUACACGCCUUGUCAUCCUCUGACUUCUUCUCUUCUGCAUGUGCAUUCUACUGUCUGACACUCUGUUGUUAAUGGCUUGCCUUUCUUGGUUCUCUUGAGUUUCUUAACGCCAUUUUGUCUUCUUCUGUACUAACUUGAGUCUGACUAACUUGAGCCACAACCCUUUUGUGGUAUGACUCCCUGUGUUUUUGGGGAUGAAUCCUCCAGUCCAGGUUCCUCACCGCACUGGGAUGCAUUUAAGAGGGCGUGUGUGUCGUCUAAACGUUUGUGGAGUUUUAAAAUGAUAUAUUCCACCGAGGAGGAUAUUUUAGCACGUUUGCCAGUAGUGUGUCCCUGUCCAUAGAAACGAUUUUAUAUUCCGCUGUCCGAUGUAUAUGUGGUGGACUAUACUAUCCAAAAAGGAUUAUCUUGUUUCUGAAGCUCCAUGGAAGGGUGGCGAGCAAAGCAAAUAUCCCUAUAUAUACAAAUAUAGAUAUGUAUAUAAAUGUAUAGACAAGGAAAAAAAUGAACAUGUGAGGCUGCAAGAUGUUUUUAUUUCUGUCUUUCAUGUAGCUGAGGUUUUUGUUGGUAGAAGAAUUGUGAAGAGAUGGUGCUGUGCAGUUGGCCCAGACAGUGUCCCCAUCCCUACACCGCGCACACACACACACACACACACACACACACACACACACACACACACACACACACCCUUUCCACCCCUUAGAUCUGAAGUUUGUGAAUGAACUACGACGCUGUCAUGCCACUACGCCCUCUGCUGUUGUAUUCGGCUCACUGCAGCCAGCCUACAUUCCAAGGACAUCCUGACAAUGAGCCCGCUGAGGAGCCUGCCGCUGAGUCCGUUGCUUUUUAAUUUCCUGACUUUGAAUUGGGCCAUCCCGACAGGGGAAUAUAGGGCAGCAGAAUGUUAAUUGCCUUUUUUCCGUUUGUUUUGUUUAUUUAACUUGUGAUAUUGUUCACAAAUGGAAAAGAAUUUGGAAAACAAAUGUGGAGAAGAACACAAAUGUUAGCAUAAUGAUGAGGAAGAUGAUGAUGAUAAUGAUGAUAAUAAUAAUAAUAGCCUUGCACUUUACUUGUACUGAAGUUUGACCUGAUGUUGUUUGUUGUGCUGUUGGUAAUGUCAGAGGCAUGUCAGAGACCACAAUAACUAACACAAUUGUCUUACUGUAUACUCACCCCAUGUGCAUCCAGCACUCUAUAGCCUUGGCUGGACGCUCCGUCUCCACUGCGUAACAGUGUACACAGACCAAGUUCCAGUGAGAGGAAAGACUGAGCCUGCUGCACACACCUGCGUCCCAUCCUCCCCCUCAGUGUUACUGCUCCCCAUUGGACUGGACGUUUGCAAGCAUGUCUGUGUGUCUGAGCGUCACAGCAAGAGCGGCCACCCUCCGAGCUCUGCUGUGUUGAAAAGGCACGGACUAGUAGCUCUGUUCUUUGGAAGCACAAGACUCAGCCAGUCGAUCCAACAUUCCAGCACCUUCCUAUUUUACUGACCCCCCCCCACCCCACCCCACCCCACCCCUUAUGGCAUUCCGAACAACCCUUUUCCUCUGUGAUUCGCAUCAGUUCUAAUAUGCCUUUUUAGAACAUUUUUGUAUGUCUUGAAAAACAUGGCAUGUAGCAUUUUGAUUGACUUUUUAAUGUGUUUUGUUGUUUAAUCUUGCUUUCCCCCCCAAUUUUGUCACUUUUUUUUUUUGGCCUACAUGGACUUCACACCCGCAGACACACCCAAUCACUGCCAGUCUUAAUCAGCCACAAUAUUCUUCUGAAAUAUUCCAGUCCCUGAGAACCAAACUGGAGAAAUCCAGAAUUAGUCUCCAGUAGUCUAGCAGAUUUUUAUUUUUCCUGGUGAUUUUUACCGAUGGACGUGAGGACAGGGAAGAAGACACACACCGCAACCGUAAAGCCCUCAAAAGGAAACAGAUUUGAUUUCUCAUCCCAGAAUCGUCUGUCCUCCUGCUUAGCUGUGCAUCACCGGCCCCAGAGUGUCAUCAGAAAGCAAGGUCCUCAAAGUCCUCAUCAAUGACCUACUUAUGACUUUUUACACACUCUACACACACAUCCUGGUUAGUAUGGCAGCGUUGGGACCGGUAGCCCUUGCGAGGGCAGACCGGAUCCUGGAGGGCAAAUAGGCACAGGCUAGAUGCACACAUCUGCCCCCACCUCCUACUUUGCGUAUGACCAAACAGGCUAGAUGCACACAUCUGCCCCCACCUCCUACUUUGCGUAUGACCAAACUGGAACUUUUCAGACUUGAGCAAGAUAAAGCGGAGAUGAAAACAGCUGCCCCCCUUUUUUUUUUUGUGUUAAGAGAACUCACAAUUCGUAACACUUCCGUUUUGCGUCGGCCAAGAGAACACUACUACAAGAGCUGUAAAGCCAGGCUUCUGACACUUUGUUCAUGACACAUUUUUCUACCAACAACAACAACAAAAAAAGAGCAAGAUCUUUUGUUGAUGUACCCAUGUUUAAAGGGAAAACCGAGACGUGAAACAGAAAAUGUUGAAUAACAACCUGUUAGAAAGCGCUGGGUUACGAUGCCUGUCUUGUAAGUGAGUCUAGGCCUAUGCUAAAGUGUUACUUGAUUAGUACGGGUGAUUUUUCUACAGGUUCCUACUGUUGUGGGAGGGAACGAUUUCACAAGUGAUGUAAUGGUCAGAAUACUCUUUCUUUAUAAGUUAAGGGUUUCUAUAGUUGCUAGUUGAAUUGACUUGCAUUGUCCACCCAUCUGUGUUUUUAUCACUUAUUCUAUACGUGCUGUGUCCCAUUUGUUGCCAAACUUAUAUUUGAUGUUAUUGUUGUUAAGAUAAAAAAGGACAAGAAAAAAAUGAAAUGUGACAAUACCAAAACAUGCAAGCUUUUCUUUUUUCAGAAUGCUAUUUAAAACUAUUAAAACUUUAUGACUGUUUUGUUUAA